AUGAGCAACGACCCGCUGCCUUCCAGUGAUGAAUAUGUAGAGGGGAAGAGGCCCUGUGUCCUAAGCAUUCCUGAUGCUUCUUUGAAGCUGAUGGAUUGCAUGGCCUCAGCGAACACAAAGUACCAAUUUGAUGGCAAUGCAGAUUUGCUGGAGUAUCGAAAAUGUGCCUGUUACUUCAACUUCAAGGAGGUUGGCAAGGAGUGCAGCAAUAGCGGUCCAAACCACACGAUGGAAUAUGCCUACCAACUGGGCAACCACACGGGCAAGUGUCAACAGCAUUUUGAGGCAUGGUCUCAUCACGGGCCAGCAGAUGUCAAAUCCUGGUGGCAAUCUUCUCAGGGCAUCAUAGCCCAAGUUUUGAUUGUCGUCCUACUUUUGGCAAUGCUCCUUUGGUGCUGUCAAGAUUGGUUUUUUAAUGUUCUAGAACGAUAUCAAGAAGAAGUGGAUGAAGAGAUGAGGGAAGAAGAAACACGAGCUCCACCUCGAAGCCCGAUUGAGAAAGUGCAGCGCAUGGGCCGCAUUGGCGGCCGCAUCAUGCAGAACCUCAUUCGGCCAAAGGCAGCACCUUUGAGAAAGCCUUCGAGUGACGAAGAAGAUGAAACGGAGCUUGCGGAAGAGCCAGAGGAGCCCAAACCAAGACGAAGCCUUCACAACUUCCAGGCUCCUCGAGAUUUAGGGAGCGAUCCUUUUGUGCCUCUGAUGGGUCCGAUGAGUCCCCAUCGGUCGGUAUUUCCACCUGGUACAGCCCCUCCAUGA